AAUCAGCCAAUGGGAGAGACUCUCUCUCUCUCUCUCUCUCUCUAUACAAAGGAAAGUCCUCUUUCACCUAAUGCCAUCCAUAGUGACAACUGACAGAUAUACAUAUAUAUUCAAGAGAGAGGAGAAAUGGCACAGCUAAUUUACAGUAUAUAUAGCUGGCAAUAGCAGAAAUCCUUCCCAAGAAAUUCAUUCCCCACUCCCCCUAUCCCUUCUCUCUGCCUCUUUCAUAAAUUUUUUUCCUGAUUUUGCUACUUAAUCAACACUCCGGGAAACUCCAUACCAUGGGCUGCGCUGAAUCCACUCGCUCCAAAGGAGAUGAGACUGUUAAGAAGAUAAGAAAGCCAAAACCUUGGAAGCAUUCAGAACCGAUAACAAGGGAUCAACUAGUGCAGAUGCGUAACGAAUUUUGGGACACUGCUCCACACUAUGGUGGUCGAAAAGAGAUCUGGGAUGCACUCUGUGCUGCAGCCGAGGCUGAUUUAGCCCUCGCCCAAGCUAUUGUGGAUGGCGCUGGUAUUAUUGUUCAAGCCCCCGAUCUAACAGUCUGCUACGACGAGAGAGGUGCCAAGUACGAGUUGCCAAAGUACGUUCUGAGUGAACCAACGAAUUUGAUUCGCGAUGGCUAAAGCAGUGGGAUUGGGAAGAUGAUUGAUGCUUCACUUGGAAUGCAGAUCUUGUAAAUUGGUUUCAUUUCAUUUCCCCUUGCCAAUUCAUUUUGCUUUCUGGGCAGCAUUCACCCAUUAGUUGUUGUUAUGAAGAAACUGGUGUUAUCUGGAAAAUGGAAAUGGUACUACCAAGAGCAUAUUUAGCUUGUUCUCACGCAGUACAACUGUUUGUGCGUUAAAAUGACUAGGGUCUAUUUUCUA